AGCUCCAGAAAUUUCUCGUGACCUGUCUUCUCCUUUGAUUUGCCCUCUGGUUGUUUGUGUGCCUUGUUGGCGGAAUCCUGCAACCAUGGUAACCAGCUCAUCUAUGAUGAGAUGGCAUUGCCUCUGUGGGGGGAUAAAAGUCGGACAGACGAAACGGCCGCACAGAUGCUUACGGUACAGGGACAGUAUAUUGUCAAGGCGCACACUUCGGAGAUGCAAGAUGGAAGUACGGGGUGAUAGCCUCAGCUUGGCAGAGUAAGAGAGCCUCAGCAUUGCUCGUGCAAAGUCACGUGGUGAGAUUGACGCUCGGCCCGGCAAAUUGCGAAAGCUUUCGUCGAUGGUCCAACGACGUGCCAGCAAUAAGGUACACGACUGCAAACAAAGUCGACGCAACAACGCCCGCCAGUCAAUUGACCGCCGACACAACCAUGAACUCCCUUCGCGUCGCCAGAACAGUCCUCAGGGCCCGCCCGGCCGCCAUCCGGGUCCCUCUGCAGAGGAGAGGGUACGCUGAGGCCGUUGCCGACAAGAUCAAGCUGAGCUUGUCGCUUCCUCACCAGUCCAUCUACAAGUCCCAGGAUGUCGUGCAGGUCAACAUCCCCGCCGAGUCGGGUGAGAUGGGUGUCCUCGCCAACCACGUUCCCUCAAUUGAGCAGCUGAAGCCCGGUCUGGUUGAGGUCGUUGAGGAGAGCGGCAGCAAGCAGUUCUUCCUUGCCGGAGGAUUCGCCAUCGUCCAGCCCAACUCCAGCAUGAGCAUCAACGCCACCGAGGGUUUCCCUCUUGAGGACUUCAGCGCCGAGGCCGUUAAGGCACAGAUCGCCGAGGCCACCAAGGUUGCGAACGGUAACGGAAGCGAGCAGGAUAUUGCUGAGGCUAAGAUUGAGUUGGAGGUUCUGGAGAGUCUGCAGGCUGUCCUCAAAUAGACUGGUUUUAUAGACGUCCCACGGAUUGUCGUUGUAACAUACUGCGAAUAGCAAAAAAGACUCGUUUGUUAUCGUUACCAUCGCCGCAGAACCAAGGAGAUCAUGGCGCUGUUACCUGCUUGUCACAAUUUAUUCAAUAUAAUUCCUCUAUGUCGGCA